CUCCAUCCUCAAAGGGCUCGGCGCCUCCCAUACCCCCUCACCCCCACCCCCCCUCCUACCCCCGUCGUCGCAGAUAUGAUCACCUUCUUCGACAGGCUCAAUGCUCAAGUAGCGAACUCGAUUGUCGGCCGGUGGUUUCAGCUGGAGGGCUCAGGCGUGGAAAAGGAGCGCGAGGGCUCCCGGUUUCUUACUGAAAUUCGCGCCGGUAUAACAACAUGGGCCGCGAUGGCGUACAUUAUCUCCGUAAACGCGUCCAUCAUCUCUGACUCUGGUGGAACGUGCGUUUGUGCGACCAACGACGGAUGUGUCACGGACGCCGCCUACGCUCUCUGUGUGACCGAGGUCCGGAGAGACCUCAUCACGUCGACGGCCGCCGUGUCUGCCCUCGCGAGCGGGCUCAUGGGUUUCUUCGCAAACCUGCCGGUCGGGAUGGCGCCUGGGCUGGGGUUGAACGCUUACUUCACAUACUCUAUCGUCGGGUUCCACGGGACGGGACUGAUCUCGUACCGCGAGGCCCUCGCGGCUGUCUUCAUGGAAGGCUGGAUCUUCUUCAUUCUCUCUCUCCUCGGCCUCCGCCAAUGGCUCGCCCGCGUCAUGCCGCAAUCACUGGUCAUGGCCGUCGGCACUGGCAUCGGCCUCUUCAUCGCCUUCAUCGGAUUGUCGUCCGGCGGACUUGGCGUCGUUGGCGGUGACACCACAAAUUUCGUCGGCCUAGGCGGGUGCUUGCCCGAAAACUACGUCAGCGACGAUCUUGCGGGAUACUGUGCGCGCGGCGUGCUCAGGAACCCCACGGUCUGGUUGGGCAUCUUUGUCGGCGGCUUCUUAACCGUCUUCCUCAUGAUGUACCGCGUCAAGGGUGCGAUCUUGAUCGGCAUCUUCCUCACCUCCAUCAUCUCCUGGCCGCGCCCGACCGCGGUCACCUUCUUCCCGCACACGUCCGCCGGCGACGAGGCAUUCGACUUUUUCAAGCAGGUCGUCGCCUUCCGGCCCCUCAACCGCAUCGGCAACGCCAUCGACUACAACUACGGCAACGGGCACGUGUGGUACGCGCUCAUCACCAUGCUGUACGUCGAUAUCCUCGACACGACCGGUACGCUGUACUCCAUGGCCAAGUUCGCCGGGUUGAGAGACCCUGUGACGCUCGACUUUGAGAGGAGCACGGUGGCGUAUUGCGUGGACGCGUUCUCGAUCAGUAUGGGCGCCUUGAUGGGAACGAGUCCGGUCACGGCGUUCAUCGAGAGCGCAACGGGUAUCUCUGAGGGCGGCAAGACGGGCAUCACUGCGAUCGUGACGGGCAUCAUGUUCCUGGUCUCGGUCUUCUUCGCACCCAUCUUCGCGUCCAUCCCGUCCUGGGCUACCGGCGGUGCGCUCGUCAUCGUCGGCACGCUCAUGAUCCGCAACGUGCGCGAUAUCAACUGGGACUACAUCGGCGACGCCGUUCCCGCGUUCUUAACGAUCAUCAUCAUCCCGUUGACAUACAAUAUCGCGUAUGGAGUCAUCGCGGGUAUCAUCUCGUAUCUCAUCCUGAAUGGCAUCCCCUGGAUUCUUCGCAAGGUCUCCAACGACCGCAUCGUGCCUCCAACAUACGGCUCUGCAGAGCCUUGGGUCAUCCCGCCUGGCAGCAUUGUCCCUGGAUGGAUUCGCGCGAUCAUCGGCUGGCGCGGAUCGCGCUCUACCGACCUUCCGCUUGAGCCGCGCCCCUCGACGCGCGGGCGCUCGCAGUCCGUCGACACGGCCUCGCAGGACCACGCGCUCGGGCAGAAAAUCAUCGACAUGGGCGAGAAAUAGACGAGGGAUGUGGUGUCGGGUUCGCUCCGCCCCGGCCGUUUCGUACGUCUCGCCCGCGCCUCUCGCGCCUCACGUCCGCGUCUUCCGUUCACUCUGUGGGGUCGCCGGCCUGCGACCGUUCUUUUAAUUUUCCGUUGCCCCGCUCCUCCGAGCGGGGGGGUGUAAGCAAGGCGUUGUAGGAUGACCAGGACGGACGGGAGUGGUGGCGGUUAUCUAAUUAUAUAUCUAUCCGAGCGGGCUGUUGUUAUUGUUGUUGUUGUGUGUUCCUUCUGCGAGGCGUGUAGUGGUGUCCGAGUCCCUUUCCUUUCCCUCCCUUACCUUGCCUUUCCUUUUUUAUCCCUUACCAUCGUUCUUACCUGCUUACUUUUUUUGGCGAUGUUGUCCGAUAUAUGUCUAAUAGUGCUUUCGGUUUCGAUUUUCGUGGGGUUUGUGCUCGUUUGUUCUCUUUUUCAUUAUCUGUUUUGUGAGCCCGUGUGUUUUGCUCUCGGUGGCGGUGGUGGAGGGGGGAAGGGCAUGUUACUUAGACGGAGAGGUGGAGAGGCGGAGAGGCGGAGAGGCGGAGGCGGAGGCGGAGAGGCGGAGGCGGAAAGUGGAGAAGGUGUAUAGAGUGGCGCGGACUCGCGUGGCUAGCUACGUCGUUACUCUUGCGGACUCGGAAUGGCAGCAAAAAUGUGCUCGCAGCAGCAGCGUUAUCGGC